CUUGCUGUUGCUUUUUCGGACCGCGUAUCUUUCCCCUUAUCAAAACACCGCAGCCGAAGAAAGCAAAGCCCACUUUCCAGGCAAUGACUUGACCUGUUUAAUAGUCUAACUUGACAAGAGAUCAUAUCCAUCGGCGGUAUCCAAACCAAAUCAAGGAGCCUCCCCAGUUGACCGGAUUCUGUACUAUCGGUCCACAAGAGUGAACUCCACUAGCCGCUAGCUAGACUGAACUCAUUUGGAGCUUUUCCGAGGGUAUAGAGCACAAGUGGAUCCAUUCAAAAGACAAAACAAGACAAGCUACACGUACAUCCAUACAUACAUCCACACAUCCAUCAUGGGCUCCAGCAGCAGUGGCUCUUCUACCGUGUUUGGUCUAUUCUGGACAGCCUUGGCGGGGUAUGGGGUAUUCAUUAUUGCCCAAAUCGCCUACCGCAUUCGAUUGAGAGCUAUCGAAGACUUUGGUCCAGUGAUUCAUGAAUUUGAUCCUUACUUCAACUACAGAGCCACAGAGUAUCUCUACGCUCAUGGAGCAGAAAAGUUUUUCGCCUGGUUUGAUCACAUGGUCUGGUAUCCAUUAGGACGUCCCGUGGGAACUACCAUUUAUCCCGGUAUGCAAUUCACUGCCGUUUGGUUAAAGCAAUAUGUCCUGGGAGACUCCAUGAGUUUGAACGAUGUCUGCUGCUACAUUCCGGCUUGGUUUGGUGUCGUUGCCAGUGUCUUUGUCGGAUUGAUGGCCUACGAAGCCAGUUUGCCCAUUAACACACAACACAACUUGCUCCAAUGGAUCGUAGAUGCCGUGCAGGGAAAAUAUCGACCAGUCAACACAUCAGCAUCAGCAUCAUCGACAGCAUCUUCGGGAGAAUAUCCCUGGUUAUCACCUUCGGCCAAAGUGGGCAUGAUUUCCAUGGCCAUGAUGGCCAUUGUCCCGGCACAUUUGACCCGGAGUAUGGGAGGAGGAUACGACAAUGAGAGCAUUGCCGUCAGUGCCAUGUGCUCCACGUUUUAUUGCUGGAUGAGAGCCAUGCGCAGUACCAAUGGAAUCGCGUCGGCGGCCAUUUGGGGGAUCCUCACGGGAUUGGCCUAUUUCUACAUGGUCGCCGCAUGGGGUGGAUACAUUUUUGUCCUCAACUUGAUUGGAUUGCAUGCGGCAUUCUUGGUGGGGAUUGGACGAUUUGUCGAUCGCACGUAUGUGGCCUACUCGUGUUUCUAUGUAGUCGGCACAUACUGUGCCAUCCAGGUGCCAGUGGUGGGAUGGGCGCCUCUCAAGAGUUUGGAACAGCUCGGGCCGUGUGGCGUCUUUUUGGGUUAUCAGGUAUUGGAGGUCUGCGAAAUCAUUCGGAAAAAGAAUAAACUCUCGCGGAAGGAUGCUUGGAAGUUGAGGAUUCAGUUGGGUGUUGGUGCGGGUGCUCUGGGUGCCGUAUUGAUCGUGGCGUUGGCUCCCUCGGGGUACUUUGGGCCACUCAGCAGUCGUGUGCGUGGGUUGUUUGUGCAACAUACUCGAACGGGAAAUCCAUUGGUGGACAGUGUCGCAGAGCAUCAACCAGCGUCGACUCAGGCUUACUUUCAGUACUUGCAUCAUGUUUGUACGUUGGCGCCUGUCGGAUUUGCCAUGGUAGCGACAGCGUAUCUGAGUGAUACAUCCAGUUUCAUCUUGGUCUGGGGUACAACAUCCUACUUUUUCAGUCACAAAAUGGUGCGGCUCAUCCUCCUGACGGGACCCAUUGCCAGUAUUUGCGGGGGUAUUGCAGCUGGACGAAUCGUCCAUUGGGCAAUGCAUCAGCUGUGGUGGAACGACCAACCAGAAGGCGACAACAAAACUGCCUCAUCAGCGAGUUCCACUGCCGAGGAGGAUGCAGCGGAUGACUCCAAGAGCAAAGCGAAAAAGAAUAAGAAGGGUCAGAAUGCGACCGGACGUGGUGGAAAAUCCAACAAGAAAGGUUCCAAGGAAGAUGAUUUUACCAAACUCUACCGCUCCGUCGGUGAGAUUUACAAAAGCGAAACUGGACGACACUUACGACAACUUGCAGCGGGAUUGUUACUUUUGGUCGGAUACUUCAUGGCGUCAUCCUUUGCCAGUUACUGCUGGCGGCUGUCCAAGGAUUUGAGCAACCCAAGUAUCAUUGUGUUGGCUCGGCUCCAGGAUGGCCGCGCAAUCAAAUUGGAUGAUUACCGGCAAGCCUACUGGUGGCUUCGUGAUAACACCCCGGAGGAUGCCCGAAUCAUGGCUUGGUGGGACUAUGGGUAUCAGAUCACCGCCAUUGCCAAUCGUACGACUCUAGCGGAUGGCAACACCUGGAAUCACGAACAUAUUGCCUUGUUGGGCAUGGCUCUGACGAGUCCAAUCGAGGAAGGCCACGAAAUUGCAAGGCAUUUGGCAGACUACGUCUUGGUAUGGGCUGGGGGCGGUGGUGAUGACGUUGCAAAGAGUCCACAUUUGGCACGCAUUGCCAACUCCGUGUACCGUGAUCACUGCCCCGACGACCCAACAUGUAGCGACUUUGGCUUUCGGGGGAAGCGAGGAAACUCCUAUGUCCCAUCCUCCACUAUGGAAAAGAGUCUUCUGUACAAGCUACAUUCCCAUCAUCGUGAACAAGGCGUGGUAGCCAACCCUGACCUUUUCCAAGAAGUUUUUACUUCCAAGUAUGGCAAGGUUCGUAUCUACAAGGUCCUGCAGGUUUCUGAGGAAUCCAGACGAUGGGUGGCGGACCCCAAGAACAAGCAAUGUGAUGUAGAAGGAAGCUGGUUUUGCCCUGGACAGUACCCGCCUGCCUUGGUUCCUAUUCUGAACCAAAAGAAAGAUUUCGCACAAUUAGAAGAUUUCAAUCGAGGAACGAGGGACGCUGAUGAAGAAUACCAGCAAAAGUACCACGAAGGGUUGAUGAAGCAAAAACAUCCUUCCAAGAAGAUGAUGAAAAGAGCAGAGCUUUAGCUAGCAUCCGUACUGUAGGUACCUUAUAGUGGAUAUGUUGGUUCCCUUCUUUUUAAAUUUUUGUAUUGCGGUAACGAUGGACGCCAUCAUGAAAUCUGUGCUGAACUUGGAUC